GUGUUCAGCCUGCUGAAGGAGAAGCACCCGAAAUUCCGACACCAGAUCGUGGCUGUGGCGGGAGAUUGCGUUCAACCGGGCCUCGGGAUGUCUGCCGCGGACAGACAAAUGGUAGCGCGGGACGUCUCGAUCGUAUUUCACGUGGCUGCGACGGUCAGGUUCGAUGAGAAAAUGAAACUCGCUGUGCCGAUCAAUGUUCGCAGUCCGAAAGAUGUGAUAGAUAUUUGCAAGGAGUGCUCGUGUCUAAAGGCGUUCGUGCACGUUUCGACCGCGUAUGCCAAUUGCCCGUACAAUCUGAUCGAAGAGAAGCUGUACGAGCCGCCGAUGGACGCGGACAAAUUAGUGACUCUUACAGACUGCAUGGACGAGAAACUGGUCGAAGAAAUCACCCCGCGAUCCUCCUCAAACAGAAUGUUAAAGAUUUACAAAAAGGUGCACAAGUUCAUGGACGUCCUCGACUACUUCUCGAUGAAGGAAUGGAAAUUCUCAAACGACAAUCUUAAGUCGUUGUGGAGUAAAUUGUCUGAGAAGGAUCGCGAGUACUUCGGUAGCGACAUCCGAGAAAUCGACUGGGAUCACUACUUCCGUAUGUACAUGCGAGGCAUUCGCAUUUAUCUGAUAAAGGAUCCGAUGGACACGCUCCCACAAGCGCGCAUCCGAUGGCAGAGGUAAAUCGAAUUAUCUCCCUAAUGAAUAAUUUUUACAUUCUUAACAUUCUUCUUCAUAUUCAAUGACUGACUGAGUACAUAUUUUGCUUCCUGCGACGUUGCCCUUGGAACUUCGAUCGGCACUUGGAUUCCUGUAUUAUAAUAUCUAUUUUCGAUGCAUGAAUACAGUCAGU